AUGGGAAAGACAGCGGUUGAAAAAAGGACAAUUUCGACAGCUACCAAACAGCUUAACAUGUUAUCUGUCCUUGAUGGCUGCGCUUUAAGUAGUGAUGUUGGGGCGGGAUACAAUAAUAAAGGUUUACCUGUAGUGGAACUGAAGAAUGAGUCUGUACAACGUGACGGUGGUUGGGGACAAAAUAAUAAAGGUUUACCUGUAGUGGAACUGAAGAAUGAGUCUGUACAACGUGACGGUGUGUGGGGACAAAAUAAUAAAGGUUUACCUGUAGUGGAACUGAAGAAUGAGUCUGUACAACGUGGUGGUGUGUGGGGACAAAAUAAUAAAGGUUUACCUGUAGUGGAACUGAAGAAUGAGUCUGUACAACGUGACGGUGUGUGGGGACAAAAUAAUAAAGGUUUACCUGUAGUGGAACUGAAGAAUGAGUCUGUACAACGUGAUGGUGGGUGGGGACAAAAUAAUAAAGGUUUACCUGUAGUGGAACUGAAGAAUGAGUCUGUACAACGUGACGGUGGGUGGGGACAAAAUAAUAAAGGUUUACCUGUAGUGGAACUGAAGAAUGAGUCUGUACAACGUGACGGUGGGUGGGGACAAAAUAAUAAAGGUUUACCUGUAGUGGAACUGAAGAAUGAGUCUGUACAACGUGAUGGUGGGUGGGGACAAAAUAAUACAGGUUUACCUGUAGUGGAACUGAAGAAUGAGUCUGUACAACGUGACGGUGGGUGGGGACAAAAUAAUAAAGGUUUACCUGUAGUGGAACUGAAGAAUGAGUCUGUACAACGUGACGGUGGGUGGGGACAAAAUAAUAAAGGUUUACCUGUAGUGGAACUGAAGAAUGAGUCUGUACAACGUGACGGUGGUUGGGGACAAAAUAAUAAAGGUUUACCUGUAGUGGAACUGAAGAAUGAGUCUGUACAACGUGAUGGUGGUUGGGGACAAAAUAAUAAAGGUUUACCUGUAGUGGAACUGAAGAAUGAGUCUGUACAACGUGGUGGGUGGGGACAAAAUAAUAAAGGUUUACCUGUAGUGGAACUGAAGAAUGAGUCUGUACAACGUGACGGUGGGUGGGGACAAAAUAAUAAAGGUUUACCUGUAGUGGAACUGAAGAAUGAGUCUGUACAACGUGGUGGGUGGGGACAAAAUAAUAAAGGUUUACCUGUAGUGGAACUGAAGAAUGAGUCUGUACAACGUGACGGUGUGUGGGGACAAAAUAAUAAAGGUUUACCUGUAGUGGAACUGAAGAAUGAGUCUGUACAACGUGAUGGUGGGUGGGGACAAAAUAAUAAAGGUUUACCUGUAGUGGAACUGAAGAAUGAGUCUGUACAACGUGAUGGUGGGUGGGGACAAAAUAAUAAAGGUUUACCUGUAGUGGAACUGAAGAAUGAGUCUGUACAACGUGACGGUGGGUGGGGACAAAAUAAUACAGGUUUACCUGUAGUGGAACUGAAGAAUGAGUCUGUACAACGUGAUGGUGGGUGGGGACAAAAUAAUAAAGGUUUACCUGUAGUGGAACUGAAGAAUGAGUCUGUACAACGUGACGGUGGGUGGGGACAAAAUAAUACAGGUUUACCUGUAGUGGAACUGAAGAAUGAGUCUGUACAAUGA